CCGAACGCCUCCGCCCCAAAUCUCCAAACGCUUGGCGCUCGCUUCGCCUUCGUGCGCCUAUUCCCCUCCCCAUCGCCGCCGGCGAUCGCCGGGAUCCUCCGCUGAGCGGGAAGGAGGCGCCCGCCUGCGAACAGUCCUGCCGGCGGAGACGCCUGUGGCGCCAGAGGGCCGCCGAUUGACACCGAGAUAUCCUCAACGCCCCCUGAUUUUUCCGGCAUUUUUUGAGGGCUCGGCGUCCUCCAGGAAUUCGGCUAUUGCAGGAGUGUGAAAAGAUUGAGGCCCCGCAUGCAAAUGGAACUUACGCAAAACUGGCUGAUAAGUUGGCCAGGUGACAGGGUGUUGAGUUAACAGUACUAUAUUCACAAUGUUCAUGGAGAUACUUAGAGAGCUUGGAGUUUGAAUUGUCAGCGUAGGUUGCUAUUACAAAAUGGUCUGCAUGGCUGGACAUUUUAAAAUGGCUUCUGUGCUGAAGCUAAUGAUGGAAAAUCAUGCCACACCUGAUGAGGUGAUUAAUGAGAAGAGUGCUUCACAUAUCCUACACAAGCAACUUCUUAGCGCACACGAACCAAAUUUGCUUGAUGAAGAUGAUAUGCAUAUAUUCGGAUCAAAACCUAUGGCUGAUCCAUUGGACCUGGUCCGCUGUGAUACAUGCCAGAAGCCUGUUAAGGCCAGCCAUUAUGCACCUCAUGCAGAGCGAUGUAGCUCAGGGAAGGUGAACCCAAACGAUUCGAUGGGUGUAGAAGACGAUGUUCAUCCUAUGAAGCCUCCAAAGAAGGGCAGGAAAAUAAAGCUGACAAGCAAUGGAAAUCAAAAGGUACAUAUAAAAGUGAAAUUAAAGUCUCAGCCUGAAAAUAAGAACAUAGUCAAUGACUUUGAGUUGACCAAUGGAAAUGAGAGCAAACAUUUAAAUUCUAUUGCUGAUCAAAGGUUCAAAACACCUGCCAUCAAUGCUCCUGAAAGUCGUUUUAGAGAUGUGCCAGCUCCUCUUGCUACAAAAAUGUAUCAUUCACGGGGAAACUACCAGCUUCGAUUGGAGCUUGCUCAGCUUUACCGUGAAUCAUGCGCGGAGCAGUCACACAGCUAUGCAAGUAAUACAACUCCAAACUCGUCACAGAAUAAUGGGUUGGUACCAUGUGAUAAUUCAACAUUACAUGGUUCUGAUGAUUCGGUAUUACAUGGUUCUGAUAAUUCAGUAUUACAUGCUUCUCGGAACAGCAGCAUUCCUCAAAAAAAGCUUCUAGAUCAGCUGCCUGCAAGCACAUCAGGGUUGUGCUCAGGAAUCUCUCCACAAUUAUCAUCAAGCGGGCCAAGUCGUCUGCAGGCAACAAAAGCUCAGAGAGCAGACACUCCAGUAUCUGCAGUUAGAAAUGAAUUGGGAAGAAGCAGGUGCAACAAAGCGGCAGUUCCUUCAAAAACCACAGGCAAAAAGAAGACGCAGAAGCAAUCUAACGCUCUACCUGCAAGCUAAGCCUCAGUAGAGUAGCCCAUUGAUUGGUUGUUCAUUGGUAUAGCCGCUUCAUUGGUGAAAGUAAUAGAGUAUCUCAUUUUGUUCAUUUAAUGUAAAAUUUGUUCUAGUCGGAAUGACUUUGGGACCGGACGAUCUGAAUAUAAGGUCAUUUUGGCUCGUUGACUCUUGGUAGAAGCUAACCACAACUCGUUCCGGCCCUGGUGAUGUAACUAAGUGUGGAUAAAGUAUCCGCGAAGUCCUUAUGUUUAUGUGCCCCCCUUGUUAUAAAUGACAUGAUGAAUGUUCUCCAAACCAGCAGUAGCAUAGGUUUUAUUUAUUUAUUAGAAUAUCAUUGGUUGCUUUCAUGUUUUUUGAAGGUAAAGCCUCAUGGCACUUUUA